AUGAUUCAGUACUGGCUGCCCCCGCCCCGCCCCUUUUCUGUAUGGUGGCCCUAGUGCCCAGCUCUGGGAUCUGGGGCCUUUCUUCUUCUGGAAGUUAGUUCCGGUCCAGGGACUGACCUGUUCAAGGGUUGGCUAUAGGGUGCUUCACCUCUAGGGCAUCGUUUGCUGUUUAGCUUCAAGGUAUGGGGGAGGUGGGAUUGGAUGUCUGAGGGAAUGCCGUGAAGAUUGUUGACCUCUAGUGUAUUAGUAGUGGUUGGGGAAGGAGAAUCCAGUUCUUUUUUCUCCACUAUGAUUAGGUUAUUGAUGGCAUGGAACCAAAUAAUGGCUUUUCAGAUUGUUACAUAGAGUUCCUUAAUUCUUCUUCCUCAGAACUCUGUGAAGAUGCUUUUGCAUCUCAUCAAAUGCCCUGUGUUCAAUGUGUGUUCAUCAUCAUGAAUUGUUUCCAGCAUCACUUGGGCCUAAAACUUCCCCACCAUGAAAUCAGGUCUUGUACAGAUAUAAUGAUGCGUUAGGUACCACUCCCGAGUGUCAUCCUCAGGGUUUGUUUUUUUUUAUUAUUAUAAAGUUGGAAAUGGAACAUCACAAUAAAUAAACUGUGUGAAAGAGGGCACGUUGACAUCUGUCUGAUACUAGACUGGUGAAUGGGAAGAAGGUCCCAUCUGUGACCUGUUUGUGGAAGCUGAGAUGAUGAAGGCUCUUCAGUGGGAUCAUGCUGUGGUACAGGGUUGAAGCUCCAUCCCGUAUGUGAUAGUGGUAGAGCAAUUGGAAAGGUUACAUGCAGAGUUCUGGUAAACUAGGAUGGAAGAAUCUCAUUUCAACUCCUCCCCGUACUUCUGGCCAGCAGCGCCCACAGUCUCGGGACAGAUCGAGAAUACCAUGUUCAUUAACAAGAUGAAGGAGCAGCUAUUGCCCCCAGAAAAGGGCUGCAGCCUGGCUCCCCCCCACUACCCCACCCUGCUGACGGUACCCACCUCUGUCGCCCUACCCACCGGCAUCUCCAUGGAUUCAGACACCAAGUCGGAGCAGCUGACCCCGCACAGCCAAGCCCCCGUGACCCAGAACAUCACCGUGGUGCCAGUGCAGUCUGCCGGGCUCAUGACAGCAGGUCCUGGCCUGGUGAUUACUUCCCACUCGGGUUCCCUGGUGACCACAGCCUCCUCUGCCCAAACCUUCCCCAUCUCAGCCCCAAUGAUUGUCUCUGCACUACCCCCUGGCUCCCAGGCUGCCCUCCAGGUGGUGCCUGACCUGUCGAAGAAGGUGAUAACCUCCCUUUCUGAAGGUGGGGGUGGGGGAGUUGCCCCUAAACCUCCCCGGGGCCGGAAGAAGAAGAGACUGCAGGAGUCGGGGCUGCCAGAGAUGAGCGAUCCAUUUGUGCUGUCAAACGAGGAUGAUGAGGACCAGCACAAGGAUGGCAAGACAUACAGGUGCCGGAUGUGUUCGCUGACGUUCUAUUCCAAGUCGGAGAUGCAGAUCCACUCCAAGUCUCAUACGGAGACAAAGCCACACAAGUGUCCUCACUGCUCCAAGAGCUUUGCCAACAGCUCCUACCUGGCCCAGCACAUUCGCAUCCACUCAGGGGCCAAGCCCUACACGUGCAGCUACUGCCAGAAGGCCUUCCGCCAGCUCUCCCACCUGCAGCAGCACACACGGAUCCACUCCAAGCUUCACACAGCGAUUGUCAAGCCGCACAAGUGUCCUCACUGCUCCAAGAGCUUCGCCAACACGUCCUACCUGGCUCAGCACCUCCGCAUCCACUCGGGGGCCAAGCCCUACAGCUGCCGCUACUGCCAGAAGGCCUUCCGCCAACUUUCCCACCUGCAGCAGCACACACGCAUCCACACUGGGGACCGACCCUACAAAUGUGCCCACCCAGGCUGUGAAAAGGCUUUCACCCAGCUCUCCAACCUGCAGUCCCACAGGCGGCAGCACAACAAAGACAAACCGUUCAAGUGCCACAAUUGCCACCGCGCGUACACAGAUGCUGCCUCGCUGGAAGUUCACCUGGCUACGCACACAGUGAAGCACGCCAAGGUCUAUACCUGCUCCAUCUGCAGCCGGGCCUACACCUCAGAGACAUACCUGAUGAAGCACAUGCGGAAACACAACAUCCCUGACCCACAGCAGCAAGUGGCACAGGCCCAAGUUCAGGCCUCCCAACAGCAGCACUUCCAGCCGCAGGGUGGUGGGGCAGCGGGGGGCCCUUCUGGAGACACUAACCCCCCCAACCCUCCAUCCCAUUGCUCCUUUGACCUGACCCCUUACAAGACUUCAGAGCACCACAAGAACAUCUGCCUCACUGUCAGCACCAGCACCAUCCAGGUGGAACAUCUCUCCAGCUCCUAAGAGAGACUUUGACCCAGGGAGCAGAAAACCUCUCGUGCAUAGCCUAUGCCCGGGGGCAAUGCUUGUGCAAUGGCCCCUCCUUGUGCAACAGCCUCUGGCCUCUCCUUGUGCAACAGCCUCUCCUGGCAGUGUACCCUGUUAAUGGCAGCCCCUGGAGUGAUAGCUUGUCUUCACAGGCAUCUUAUGCAACAGCCUGCUCCAAAGAGGGGAUACUCUCACCUGCAAGAGCCCCCUUCCUGUGCUGGGAGCCAGCUCCUCACACACGAGCCCUUGAGUUCACACACACAAGAAAGUCCUAAUUUUUGCCUCCUGUAUAAUUUUAAAAUGUGUCUUGAAGGCUGGUGGAGGGGGCACCCUCUGGGCCACACGUGGCAGGAUGGGAUGGAAAGAGGCUGUUUUUGUGCAGAGGGGCUUGGAUGCAUGCUGACAGCAGGGCAUUGAAGGUUCUGACAGGGUUCACUGUGUGGGUUUUUUUUAGGAUUUUCUAAUGUGGCUAAAGGAAAACAUUCAUUCCCCUCUCUUACUUGUGAAAGUGAGGAGGGAUCAGUUCUCCAGCCCUGGGCUCGGAUAAUUUCCCUGCUCCCUGGGUGAAAGGGAGAACUCUUGGGGACGGGAGGCGAUACGUAUUCCCUGGGUUUGAGAUUGCCUAAGCUGUCGGAGGAUGUGGGAGGGCUGCAAUUUCUCUUCUCCCCCACUGGAGAACACGGGCAGGGUCUGUCUGGUCCAGCUGCCCUGUCUGCCACCCAACUGUAGGAGAGAGACCACCCCACAGAGAUCCAGGGGAGUGGGUUCCAGGUCACUGCUGGGCCUUCCCUUUGUGAAUAAUGCAAUAGUAGCUCAGUCUCCAUCUCCCCCCAAAAGAGUCUGCAGGCAGCAUCAGGAAACCAAAAAAGCAGUGGGAGGAUAAGAGACUGCCACAAUGCUCAUUGCCCACCCUUCCCAUGUCCCCUUCCCAGAAACGAGGGGCAGGGGUUCUGACCCUCACCCUUCCUCUGCUCAGUUCAGCAGUCUGGCUUCUGGUUCCCAAAGCAGGAGGCGGAACAGACCAGCCUCUUCAAGGAGGCAGGAAAAGGCUAAUUCCUCCUGCUCGCGUCUCACCAUGGGCAUUCUUCCAGGCUCCCCCUUGCCAAGACGGGCUGGACUCACAUGGUAAUGGUGGCCUCUUAGAAACAGGACCAGAUGGAUUCCCCAGAAGGUGGACAAUUGAGGGAAGGGAACAGAUACCCCCACAAGGAGAGAACCAAUGAGAAGGGGGAGCCGCCAAGAAUAAACUGAAAGCCCCUUGAAUUUAUUAAAAAAAAAAUCUAUUUCCUAUCCCUGGCCCGCUCUGUUCUUGCUGUAACUGUUUCUAUCUCUGUGUUUAUAAAAUGCAUUAUCCAGGCAAAUUUUUAUUUUCAAUCUUUGUGUCUCCAUCCCCCCUCCUCUUUCCUCUUUUUGUCUUUGAGUUUUUUUCAACACCCCCUUUUUUGGUCCAUAUGGUUUCUGGAUUAUCAUGUAAUUAUCUGUCUGGCUUUUAAUUGGAUCAUGAAGGCUGGCUCAGAAGAAAGAGAACAAGGAAGUAAGAGAAAAAUUAUUUAUUGAGAUUAAACCCAAAAACCCCAAGAUCCCAAGCUUCUGUAUAAACUGCUGCGGGAGGGUGGGUGUUUUACAACAUUGUAUAGAAAGAAAUUGGUGUAAAAGGCUUACUGGGGCAUUGAGGUGCUGGUGUGAGCAUGAACAUCUUUUUGCCCCAUGCACAAGGUAAGCGGGCAAGAAUUGUGUGUUCCUUCCUGUGUCCACCAGCGUAUCUAUGUGAGCAGCUGUAUAAAUGUGCAUCUCUGCCUUUGAGUGUGAACAAUUCUGACAAAGAGGAACAUACUCCUCCCUCUGUGUGCUGGGCAUGAGUGGGCUGGAGUUGUGAGCGUUAUGUCCUUAUGCUCCUAUGCAUGCAUUGUAUCAUCAAAAUUUAGUCUGGAAGGGACCAUUAGAUCAUCUAGUCUGAUCUGUAUAUUGCAGACCAUUACGUUUAACCAGUUACCCCUUUGUGGAGCUCAAUCACUUUUGUGUUUGGCUAAAGCCUAUCUUCCAGAGAGGCAUCCAUGCUUGAUUUGAAGAGGUAGAGAAUCCACCACUUCCCUUGGUAGUUGGUUCCACUAAUUACCCUCAGUGUUAAAAAUCGUGCCUAAUUUCUAACUUAAAUUAGUCUAGCUUCAGGCUCUAGCCAGCAGUUCUUGUUUAUGCCUUUCUCUGCUAGAUUAAAGACCCCUUUAGUACCCAAUAUUUUCUCCCCAUGAAGAUACUUUGAUACUGAAAUCAAGUCACUCUGUCUGAGAAGAUAAACAGAUGGAGCUCUUUAGGUCUGUUACUGUAAAGCAUUCUCCACAGCCCAGAAAUCAUUUUUGUGGCUCUUCUCUAUGCUCUGUCCAGUUUCUCCACAUCCUUAAAAUAUGGACUCCAAAACUGGAUGCAGUAUUCUGGUAUCAUUCUGACUAAUACCGUGUACAGGGGUAAAAUCACCCCCUUCUGCUCAGUACUCCCCUGUUUAUAUAUGUAAAGCUAGGUCUACACUACCCGCCUGAAUCGGUGGGUAGAAAUCGAUCUCUCGGGGAUCGAAUUAUCGCGUCUCGUCGGGAUGCGACAAUCGAUCCCCGAAUCGACGCUCUUACUCCACCAGUGGAGGUGGGAGUAAGCGCCAUCGACGGGGAGCCGUGGAGGUCUAUUUUGCCGCCGUCCUCACAGCGGGGUAAGUCGGCUCCAAUAUGUCGAAUUCAGCUACACUAUUCGCGUAGCUGAAUUUGCGUAUCUUAAAUCGACCCCCGCCCCUGUAGUGAAGACCUGCCCUAAGGAUCUUAUUGGUCCUUUUUGCAGCACUGGGAGUUGCUUGUCUAUUAUGACACCUAAAUCCCUUUCAGUGCCCCUGCUUUCCAGAAUACAGUCUGUAGGUGUGAGCAAUCAUUCCUUGUUCCUAGAUGUAUAACUUUGCAUUUGGGUGUAUUAAAACACAUUUUGUUUGAAUGGGCCCAGCUUACCAAGCAAUUCAGAUUGCUUUGUAGAAAUGCUCUGUCAUUCUGACAAUCUGUAUGUCAUCAACAAAUUGUGCAAACAGUGAUUUUUAUAUUUCCAGAUCAUUGCUGAAAAUCUGGCCUAGUAGCAAUCCCUGUGGAACCCCACUAGAAAUACUUCUCUUCACUGAUAAUUUUCCACUGCCAACUACUUUUUGAGAUCUGUCAGCCAGUUUAACAUGUGCUCUAGUGAUAUUAUAUAGUGCUAUUUUUUAAUCAGAAUGUUCUUGUGCUGUACUAAGUCAAACACCUUACAAAAGGCUGUCUGAUACAUAUAUGCUGUUACCUUUAUGAACCAAAUUUUUAAUCACAACGAAGAAUGAAAUCAGAUUUGCAUGACCAGAUCUGUUUUCCAUGAAAUCAUCUUGACUGGCAUUCAUGAUAUCUCCAACCUUUAAUUCUUUAUUAAUAGAAUCCUAUUUUUAGUUUUUCCAUUAUUUUUCUUGGGAUUGUUGUCAGGCUAACCAUUCUAUAGUUAUUUGGGUCAAUCCUGUGACAUUAUCCAGGGUACAGUCUGCACUGUUGAACAGCUGUCCCCCCUAAAUUUUCCACCCUGGGAUGCCUUUUACACGGCUGUGAGAGCAACCACUCCUGGUCUGCUCACACACAGCCUCCAGCAUGUAAAUUACUUCCAGUUAUACUGUAUGAGUGCUAUGGCCAGCCAUUCAUUAAUACACUGCGAGGCAACACCAGCAAAUUCCCAGUCCCAGACUUCCCCCAGAAAUGUGUGUCUUGUACUGCCCAGCCCUCUUCUGGACAAUACAAGCUCAUAUAAAGUCUGUCAUUUAUUAAUAGGAAAUGAUAUGCACAAAUCCUGUUAUCUCAAAUGAAGUUUCCCAAACACUUGAAUCCAAGCACACUGGUUUAGAUAAGACAAUAAAACAAGUUUAUUAACUACAGAAAGAUUUUAAGUGAUUACAAGUAAUAAGGCAUAAAAGUCAGAACUGGUUACAAAGAAAUAAAAGGUAAAAUGCAACUAAUACCCAAUUUAACAAGCUAAGUGAAUUGAAAGCAAAAGUCUCUCUCGCCACAUGCUUCAGCAGUCUUACUGGCUGACUUCCUCAGUACAAAGCAGUUUCUUUGUUUCUCAGGUGUUGCAGCUGCCGUGGGUAGAGAGAAAGGGAGCAUCUGUUCCCCAUUCUGGUAUCUUUUCCUAUUCUUUGAGAAUCAUCUCCAGCUGGGGUGCAGGAAGACAGGAAGUCUGUGGGGACUGGAACCUCCAGCUGUUCCUUUGCCAAGAUGUCAGUUUCUCACUUACACCCUUUUUCCUGCCGAAGAAUGGCCACUCAACCAGGUGAUAGUCCAUUUGAUUUCAUUGACACCUGACUGAGGCAUCAGUUUGCCUUUUGUCUCUGAGGAACUAGUUUGUACCUGCUUCCCCAGAUUUGGAAUGUCUUAACAUUAUACAGGCAGUCCUCAGACUUACGAUACAAUUAGUUCCUGAAAAUCUCAUCUUAAGUUGAAAACGUCGUAACGUGAAUUUCCCAUAGGAUCAAUGUUGGAUCAAGUGUCGUAAAGUUGAACCCAACAUCUUAAAGUCGAAACACAAUGACAAUUUAUAAACGUAAGUACCAUUCGUCGUAACUCAAAUGUCAUAAAGUCGAGGACUGCCUGUACAGUAGAAUCUUAUAAAUUGUUGCCACACAUUUUGCCAGGACAGUAAUGAUCAGCAAAUUGAGUCUUCAAAUGAUACCUCACAGGACCUACUUUGUACAAAAUUUAUCAUAGUUUUGUAAAAGGGGUGAAUAUAAUGGUACAAACUGUCACACAUCCCACUUCCCCUUCUUGAAUAUUGGCAUGACAUUGGCACUCCAAUCUUCUAGAAUUUCCCUGGUAUUCUGAGAGUUAUUAAAAAAUAACCUUAAUGUGCCAGAGAUCUCAGCCAACCCUUUUAGGAUUCUUACAUGCAAGUUAUCCAGGCCUGCUGAUCAAAAAAUGUAUAUCCCUUUUAGAGGAUAUUUAACAUCCUCCUUAGUUACUAAUGGAUUGGAAAGUACUUCAUCAGCAUCAUCAUCAUUACAUCAUCCUGUUUCUUUCCAAAUACAGAACAGGAAUAUUUAAUGAACAUUUAUCCUUGCCUGCAUCAUUAACAAUUUUGUCAUCUUCAUUUAGUAAUGGGCCCGUGCCAUUGAUUGGAUUUCUUUUGUUCUUCUUCGAGUGCUUGCUCAUAUCAAUUCCAGUUAGGUGCGUGCGCGUGCCUCAUGCACGGAUGUCGGAAACUUUUUCCCUAGCAGCUAUCCGUCGGGCCGGCUGGGGAGUCCCCUGGAGUGGCGCCGAUAUGGUGCUCUAUAUAAGACCCUGCCGGCCCGACCCCCCUUCAGUUCCUUCUUACUGCCCGUGACGGUUGUUGGAACAGUGGUCUCUUGUUUAUCAAGUGUUCAGCUAAUCCCUAGCUUUCUCUUAUCUUCGUAGUUACCUGUGAUAGUUAAUUGUUGAUAGUUAUCUUAGUGUUAAGUGUAGUUUAGUGGUUAUUGUAGUGUUAAGUGUAGUUUAGUAGGGGGCAGUUCCGCCCUUCAGUGACUGCCCUGCGGGGCUCUGGGGCAUGCCGUCCCAGGGCUUCAAACCCUGCAGUUCUUGUAACAAGCCCAUGCCCACGGGUGAUCCCCAUGACUCCUGCCUUAGGUGUCUGGGGGAGGGCCAUCAGGCUGACAAGUGCAAGAUCUGCAAAGCGUUCAAGUGCCGAACAAGAAAAGAGGGAAAGCCGCCUCAAGCAACUCCUCAUGGAGUCCGCAUUGCGUCCCUCCCAAGAUGUGGGACCAAGCUCCUUGGUGCGCAGUGCUCCCCCAAUGGUACCGGCCAUGGCACCGCAAAAGAUCCUGCACCUGCCUCAGGACCAACAAUCUCCUGGGCCCCAAAGGCGUCCACUCCUGCACUGCCCUCACUCCCCAGUUGCUCAAAAAAAGCAAGCUUUGGGAGGACCCUCCAUUAGGCCAGAAGCGGUCACUGCGGCCCCAACCAAGCAAACUUUGGACCAGGCCUCUAAACCUGACAAAGCCGCUAGGCCCCGGUCUGCUCAUGCUAGUCCCGCGCCACAAGGGACUUUACAAGUGGAAGAUGUUAUAUUGCCUUUGAUUGCAGAUACCUUCGAGGCCGCCAAAGGGCUCAUCGAAAUGACAGCACCAGUGUUCCCAAUUCAAGCACUGGCUCUGGCACAAGUCCCAGUACUGGCUAGGGCAAACUGGCGAUCUCUUUGGACCAGCAUCUCCACGCCGCUCUGAGUCCCGGUGUCAUUCAGAGUCUGGGCACCGCUCCACGUACUGGUCUGACUCACAACACCGGUUAGACUCGCGGCGCUGGUCCUGCAGCCCCGACCUUCAGAGCUGUUCACGCUCAAGGUCGCCGUCGACUGCCAGAACAUGGUCCCACUCGAGGUCCAGAUCACGCUCAGCAACCUCACGACACCGUUCGGGGCACCAAUCCCCAUGCCAGCUGUCACCGCGGCACCAACCCACGAUGUGUCGCCAAUCCUCUUCACAGCACCGGUCCCCUGAGUGGCACCGGUCCCCGGAGCGGCACCACUCUUCAACAUGGCACCAGUUACGGUCACGGCCAGCAUUACAACGCCAAUCACCGUAUGACCCUCGUCCAUCAAGGGACUUGGUGCCCCCCUCGCUCCAUUCGUGCACCGCUCCCCCUUGGCCGUCACACUCCCAAUCCCCUUCCAGUAGAUCGGGUAGAGGUUCAGGGGCUUUGGACAUUCCCCAGUCGGGCCCAGGAAGCCUUGGUCAUGACCCCUCAGCGCCCCACUGGCAACCCCAGUGGCAAUUUUGGACCCCUGGGCAUAUAAUCAGGCCCAGGGCGCCCCUCUCGUUGCCUGCCCGUCGACACUAUCAGACGCCCGGCCUCCUGAGGCGACCCUCAACCGCCCUCC